AAGAAGUUUAGAUUCUUUAAAGAGCAUUCGAUCUUUUUAAAGAACAUUUUACGCUAAGCUUUUGUAAAUCAGCGGACUGUUGUGAGGAAGUCGAAUAUUUGACUCAGUCGUCUAUUGCCAUUGAUAAGGAGAGAGAGAGAGACGCGAAAGUUGGUCUCGCUUUUCCUGCCUUUGCUCCUCUCUCGCUGCCAUGAACUUGUCGUAAAAAGGAACCCGCGAGGCCUCUCUCCAGCGCCAUGGCAGCCGUUGAGGAGGAGCAACUCGACCCCAGGGUGCAGAUUGAGCUGGAGAAAUUAAACACUGCAACAGAUGACAUCAAUAAAUUAGAGGCAAAAUUAGAGGAGGCCAACAAUGUGUUCAGAACCACGCUGACAGAAUCAACCGCUCGUCUGAAAGCCCUAGCCAAGAAACUGGGUAGUUGCAUAGAGAAAGCAAGGCCAUACUAUGAGGCGCUAGAGUUGGCAAGGUCAUCCCAGCUCGACUGUCAGCGGGCAGCAGUGCAAUACCAAAGGGCCAAUGCCCUACACCAGGCAGCCAAAGAAACCAUUGCCCUUGCGGAAGAGAGGUUUGUAAAUAGUAGACACGAACACUGGCAGUUUGAUUCAGCAUGGCAAGAAAUGCUCAAUCAUGCUACAAUAAAGGUAAUGGAAGCAGAAGCUCAGAAAGCAGCAAGCGAACGAGAGCACAUGCGUCGUGCUGCAGCCUUCACACAAGCAGAGCAGCGUGUACAGCAACUUCAACGUGGCCUGAAGUCAUCCAUCAACAAGUCUCUCGUCUAUUUUGAGGAGAAAGCCAAUGUGCAGUCACAGUUACAAGCCCAGAAGGAGAGGGUCCAGCAGCUGCAGAGGGCAAUAACAGCUUCCAAAACCUCCUAUGCUCAGUCAUUAAGAAGUCUAGAACAAAUAUCAGAGGAAAUUCAUGAGCAGAGAAGAUGUCGACUCCCAAGAGAGCCAGGCGUUGGUGCUGAGAUCACACCUCCAGAACCAGACGACAAUCAGACCUUUGACCACAGUGCCAAAACAUUUACGCCACUCGAAGAAAUCACUGCACAGGAGGAAAAGUACUGGGAAAGCUUACGUGAAAAGUUGGAAAAACUUAAAGUUGACAAUGGUGAGCAAGCUGCAUCAGCCGAGGACGAAGCAUCUGACUCUGAGUGCUUCGAUGGACGAGAAAGAACAGUAACAGGAAGUAGUUGCACCUCAAACCCUGAAUUAGAAAGAGGUCUUCCUAUGGAAAGAGUUGUGAGCGGGGAGAGCAGUGCAGCGUCAGAGAGUGAUGAAGCUCAGAGUCCUACUGAAGGGAAGGAUUUGUGCCUUGAAGAAAUAAUAAUUCUAGACACAACGGAAGACCCCGAACUUAAGCUUGGCAGUGACAAGGAAUGUGUUGGCAGCCAGGCAGAUGCAGAAAUCAAAGGCGAAGAGGAACCAAUGACAUCUCGAAAAUCUCCUGUCGGUGGUGAUGCUAUUAUGAUAAUCUCUCUAGACGGCUCUUGUGAUGAAAGUAAUGCAAAUAAAUCUCCAAGAGAGGAAAGGACUACAGGUAUGGCUCCAACAGAUGGUUACUCUAAUGACAAGGGAAGUGAUAUGAUUUACAGUGAUAAUGGAAUUGGUAAUGAAUUAGUACAAGAAGGCUUUAAGGAAAACAUGAACACCACAUCUCUGCUCAGUGGAUAUAUUAGUGAAGAUAUUGCAAGUAACAAGAAUGGUAAAGAUGAUCUUGAGGAUACCGAGGUUGAAGAGAUAAUUCUCGAGUUGGAUGAUGAAUCGGAAGAAGAGGAGACCAGAGAGUGUAAUUCAGCCAGCCCGCCACCCACUAUGUGCCAACCGAUCAAGGGUCUAAGUAUUAUACCUGAAGGAAUCGAAAGCCAUGAAUGAGUGAUGCUGCAAUAACAUGUUUAAAAUUACACACACAUAAUAUAUAUAUAUUUUUUCAUAAUGAGAGUGAUGUGUUCAAAUUUAUAUAAUGAUAUAUAUAUACUUUAUAUAUAUAAAUAGUCUGACGAGUAUGGGGUCUUUGGUAAGAUGAUGCCAAUAAUGUUUUUAGUAAACUAUAUAAUUGUUGAGUGCAACUGUGAUCAGACAGUGUUAAGUAAAUUAUUGCCAUCAGCAGUUUAUAGUUGUUUAUCUUUAUAAGGUGAAUUUGAAUUUGAAUGUAACUACCUUUGCAUAUAUUUAUUAAAUUGAAUUAAUUAGUUUCAGUAAGGGAUUUUAGAGUUCUUAAGGUCGAGAGUUCAUUCAAACGUCACACCUCUCUCCAAAGUCGAGCUAUAUGGUCCAUGUCAUACGAAAAGGACUUAGCAUUCAGGUGACUUCCAAACCUUUUUUUUUUUCUUUACUUUUCUUUUCUUUUGCCUUUUCUUUUGGUAAUGAUGCUGAUUGGCCUCCUGAAGAUUUGGGGAAUGCAUUCAGGUGUACUUUCGUCUGGUUAGUUCAAGAUACGGGAAAUCUCAUGGAUUACUCACUCUGCCGUGUAUCUUUUACUUCAAGUUUUAGGUAUGACUGGGGGUUCCUACAAUAAGCACUGUAAUUUUUCAAAUGACAUAAUCAAAAAGCUUUUAAAUGAAUAUAGUUGUUCCUAGUGCAGUUAUAAAAAGUUGGUUACAGUAUUGUUUGGAAGACUGAAAGAUAUAUUUUUUUAAAAAGAGAUGGUUUUAAUAGCUAAAGCUUGAUAUGUUAAGGAUAUCUGCAGAUUUUUAAAGAAUAAUGUCACAUUGACCAGUAUCUUUGGCAUUGCUGUAACUUAUGUGAUAGUUGUUUGAGAGGAAAAUUUGUGUGUCUGACUGCACGUGUGUGUGUUUGUGUGUAUGUACACGUUUGCUUGCUGGGGUACAUGUGCUUUCCAGGGUUUAGGUGUCUGUAUCCACAUAUAGUUACUUGAAUAUACAGUUAUCCUCCCAAAUAAGGAGUUGAACCCAGUCAGUCUAGGUAAUAUCAAGGGAAGGAGGAUACUUGUGUACAUGAGUGCAAUAUUGCAUCAUUCCAUCUUGAACAGUCAUGUUGGAUGCACGCUCUUGAUUGUAUGUUUGAGUGUGGAUGGUUUUCUUUUCCCGUCUCUGUGUGUUUCUCUUUGCCAGUGUUAAUUGUCCUUACUACAGUUGUGCAUAUUUGCUUAUACAAAAAUAGUUGCACAUUAUGCUUCCAUGAAUAAAGAAGCAUGCUUCGUAAGUAAUUACAUAACAUAUAAUUUUUUCUCAUCAUUUUCUUCUCUUUCAUGAACUUUGCACAUAAAAACUAAAAGGUAUAUCUUGUUACUCAGUGUUCUCGGAACAGAGAACUUACAACUCCAUAAUGAUCACAAUGAAAGUGUGCCUUGCAUUAUUCAUUGUUAUUGUUGCUACUAAAGUUUAAUGAAUGGUAUUGAGAAUGAAAUAAUUGUAGAAUGGAAGCUUAUCUCCUCUUAUUUUUGCAGCUGUAGUGUGUAUGCCAGGGUAUUGUUAGACUGUUACUAUUGCUCUGGGUGCAAUAUGAUGUUAUGGGUAGAGGUAAAACAUUCAUUGUUAAGAUUUUAGAAAGAGGAAAAGUCUGUGUGCAUGCGUGUAUGUGUUAUACAGCGCGCACACAAAAAAAGAAAAAACAACAUUUAACCAAUUCCAGACAAUGAGAAUUGUGCCUUGUGCAGAUGCUGUAUCACUCACUAGGUUCAAUCUUUUCUCUAUUUCUCUACAGUGUUUUCACUUUCCUUUUUCCCUACAUUUAGUUUACUGAUACUGCUUGUGGUGAAUAUUGUGCUAAGGAGGUUGUAUUUCAUUUUAGUAUAAUUGAUUUAGAUUGUAAGAGAGGAAACUGGUUAGAGAUUAUCUCAGAAAUGAGGGAUAGGUUGUGGAAAGGUUACAAAGACUUUUCAACAGUUUGCAAAUGUUCAGAUCAAAAGAUCAUAAUAGGAAUAUAGAGAGAUAGGAAGGUUAGAUGAAUAUAUUGUGUACUUGAUUUUUUUCUUUCUUUUCCACUUAAUGAAAUCAUGUGGAACACCCAGUAUAAGACUGGUAGUAUUUACAGCCUCGCUUAGUAUUGUUACGCAAUAUUAUACACUGUCGCCAAGCAGAUUGGGAGAUUGUUUGCCAUAGAUAGAUACUUAAUGGUAAUGAAAUUAUAUAUUUUGUCUUUGUUUUAUACUUCCUCAUUUUCUUAAUAUGACAUGAUUUAGUCUUGUCAUUUUGAUAUUUUAAGCAACAUUGAUAUUCCAAAUAUAUUGCUUAAUAAUGAUGUCAUUGAAACAUGGUACACUUUUUUCAUGAAUAUUUUUAGGAUGAAUGAAGCCUAUUCAUGUAUAUUGUUAUACCUGACCUCGUUUUAACUAACUAGACUUGCUACUAACACAGCCCAUAGUUAGAAACGCACCGAUCAGAGUAGAUCUCUGACCGAUGCACAGGGUAUUCUGUGGACUGGUAAUGGUGGAAUUGAAAAGGAUUAUUUAAUCCUGAAAACAGCUCAGAAUAGAGAUUCUUGCAAGUUGUGCUGUGCUGUUGUCAUUUCCUUUCUCACUUUUUAAAUUUUUUCGUUCAUUUUCUCUUUUAUUGGACAUCUCGGUGAUUUCAAUCUUGGGUCUCGAUAACCUUGCCAUAAACAGUACCUGUUAGCCUUGACACUGCCAUCUCUGUGGCCAUCCACAUGCUUUUAGUUUAAAUUAUACAUACCAGGUGUGUGCUCUUAGAUUUAUAUUCGUUAUUUGGCGACGAGCUUUAACAUGAAGUUUGUUUUUAUCUACUCUAAUUAGUUUCUUUCUUUUUUUUUUCAUUUUUCCUAUCUGUUUUUUCUUCCUUCUUUUCUUUUUCUUUCUUUAUCUUUCUUUAUCUUUACUCUUCACAUGAGCUUCUGAUUGUUUUUUUUGUCAUCUUAUACUCCUACUCCACUACUUCCACCUCCCACUCCGAAGUGAAGUAUGAAGUCUACAUUCCGUAUGGGAAAAGUAGAGAAGUGCUUAGAACGUUGGAAACUUGGACCAUUACUUUGGGAUUAUUUCAUAUGGCUUCCUCAUGAUAUUUACAUUACCUGGUAGUGUUCCUAAACAUUUUUUUUUUUUUUUUUUUUUUAUUAUGUUCUGUAGGUUUACCUGUUAGGUGAGUACAAAUUUUUUUGGUUGUAUAAGCCUGUAGUUCUUUAUAUCCUGUUGGUGCUACUUCUUACCCUUUUUUUUUUUGUUUUUGUUCUUAGGGUUGUCUAUAGCUGUUUUUAAAAAUUGUAUUUGGCUGUACCAUUGUUUUCAGUGUUACACUGAUAUUUCAAACAUUUUCCUGAAGUGAUGAUCAUGGGAUUAUGAGAACUGCUUUUGCCAGUACUCGGAGAAAUACCUCUGAGAUUAGAGUGUCGGAAAAUGGUCUAUGUUCAUUAAGUCGCACGGGCUAUAGACUUCUUUGUGUUUUAGUUAUGUAGGUGCAGUUAAUUGUCGACUUUUUUUUUCUGUCUUGUCUAAAUUUCUCUCCUCACCUCUUUGUCCCUCCUCACACUCCCCCCCCCUCUUUUUUUUUCUUUUUUUUUUUUUCUUUUUUUUUCUACUUUUUUUUUUUUUUUUUUUUUUUUUCCUUUUUUAUUAGUUCAAAUUAUAACCCUUUUGUUAACACAAUGCAGUGCUUCGUGUUACAUUUAGCCAUAUCAAAUAUAGAGAACUGUAUUCUUAAAAAAGGAAAAAAAAUUAAAUAAUCCACACAUUUUUAAGAAAUUGUUAAUAAAUACAUAAGAACUGAUAACAUACAGACUAAUAUCAAGAUUAAUCACAUAGGAAAAAAAUGUGUAAAUGAAUAUUAGAAUAAAAUACUUAUUCACAUA